UAAAGUGUAGCGUUAAUGUUUAGAAUGAGGAGCUGCUUGCUUUUCUUACUGCAGUUAUUUGUCAAUUUUAUUAUCGUUUAAGGCUGUUGUGGACUUAGACAGCAGUGCCAUAAUGUCAAAUCCCACCCUGCGCAUCCUGUUUGGGAGCCAGACUGGUACGGCCCAAGACGUGGCCCAAAGGAUUGCACGGCAGGCGCAGAGACGGCAGCUUCAGGUGCAAGUGUUGCCUCUGGAUAACUAUAAUGUGGCCAACCUGAUCUCAGAGUCUCUGGUUGUAUUUGUGUGCUCCACCACUGGCCAAGGAGACCCUCCGGACAAUAUGAAGAACUUCUGGAGGUUUCUCUUCAGGAAGACUUUACCUGUUGGCUCUCUGAGUCGGCUGGACUGUGCCAUACUGGGCCUGGGGGACUCCUCCUAUCCAAAGUUCAAUUUUGUGGCUAAGAAGCUUCAUAAGCGCCUCCUGCAGCUGGGGGCCAGUGUGCUGCUGCCUGUCGGGCUGGCAGAUGACCAACAUGACCUGGGGUCAGACGCUGUGACUGAUCCGUGGCUCACAUCAUUUUGGGAGAAAGUGUAUGCUCUUUACCCAUCUUUGGCUGAUGUGGUUCCGCUGAGUGAAGAUGAACCGCUCCCUCCAACAUACACUUUCCACUUCCUGGGUGAUGUGAAAGAGAAGACAGAUGACAGGCUGAGGAUUCCCAUGGAGAAAAGUGUCCCCUCCCAAUCCCAUCCCUUUUCUGCCAGACUAGUGUCCAAUAGGCGAGUAACAGACAUGUCACACUUUCAGGACGUGAGGCACAUCGAGUUUGAUAUCACUGGAUCCAACAUUGAGUUUGCUGCUGGUGACGUGGUGAUGAUGCAUCCUUGUAACGCUCCAGAGGACGUACAGCAAUUCUGUCAACUGCUGAGAUUAGAUCCAGAGGCAAGGUUCACUCUCAGGGCCACUAACGACACUGCAGUUCCAGCCAGGCUUCCUCAGCCCUGCUCUGUGCGCCACCUGGUGGAGAGCUACCUGGACAUUGCCGCUGUGCCUCGCCGCUCCUUCUUUGAGCUGCUGUCUACCUUUGCCACCAACGAGCUGGAGCGGGAGAAGCUGGCAGAGUUCAGCUCGGCAGCAGGCCAGGACGAGCUGCACAGCUACUGCAACCGGCCCCGACGCACCGCGCUGGAGGUCCUGGCAGAUUUCCCCCAUACUACAGCCGAACUCAAAGUAGACUAUCUCCUAGAUCUGUUCCCUGAGAUCCAGCCUCGCUCAUUCUCCAUUGCCUCCUCUCUUCAGGCUCACCCUCACAGGCUUCAAAUCCUGCUAGCUGUGGUGCGUUACAAAACCAAACUGUAUAAACCACGAAGAGGCCUCUGCUCCACCUGGUUAGCCUCUCUGGACCCUGCACAAGGGGAGGUGUAUGUGCCUCUGUGGGUGAAGAAGGGAAGUCUGAAGUUCCCUAAAGAGAAGGACACCCCUGUGAUAAUGGUUGGACCUGGAACAGGAGUGGCGCCCUUCAGGUCGGCUUUACAAGAGAGGAUUGCUGAGGGAAAAACCGCCAACGUCUUGUUCUUCGGCUGUCGCUCGGAAUCCAAAGACUUCUACUUCAGUUCAGAGUGGGCGGAGAUGACGAAGGCUGGACAUCUGACCCUCUUCACUGCCUUCUCACGAGACCAGGAGGAAAAGGUGUAUGUGCAGCACCGUGUGAGGGAGAACGCUGAGCUCCUGUGGGACCUGAUUGCCAAUAAAAGUGGCUACUUUUACAUCGCUGGCAAUGCUAAACAGAUGCCAGCCAGCGUGUGUGACGCUCUGAAAGAGGUGUUCCAGCAGGAGGGUGGCAUGUCCGCCGAGGAUGCUGAGCAGGUGCUGGCAGCCCUGGAGAGGUCUGGCCGACUUCAGAGUGAGACCUGGUCCUGAUCACAUGACCACAACCCGCUACUCUUCAGAGUUCACAUUUAGCUGCUGCAGCCAUGUUGACCUCAAAGUGGAAUCAAAGUGGUUUCAUCCAUCAAUCAACAUCAGCAUGUUCGAGCGUAAAAGUUCAUUCCUGACCUUUUGAAAUAGCAUAUGUGACAAACUAAUGCUCAAAAGGUCCACUUACUACAUUUUUGGAUCUUUUAACCACCUCUCAGUAUUUAUUAUGCAAAUGAAGCAGGCGCAGGUGUCAUCACAUGACCCUUAGGUCAACAGUAGGUUGUAUUGUGGUGCUGCAGUUAACAUCACAGCCUGUAAGACUGUGACUCUAGCCCUGUUUGAAAAAAUGCAGCCCUCUCAUUCAUGUGAAUGGGACCAGUCCAGCAGUGCAGCAGGGUCACCAACGCAGAGGUAAUGUGUACUUUGGGACUGUCUAGACGACCACCUGUAACCAUGUCAAAAAGCCAGUAGUAGUAAGUGAACCUUUGAGCUGAGAUUAUGUUGUUACAUACAACAGCAACAUACUUUAGGUCAUGGCUAAAGUACAACAUUACAUUUUGCACUAUGGAACUGACGAUCAGUAAAAACUGUCAGUCAUAGUUAUACUUCUCUCCCACUCUACCAAACCCCAGCAAGCUUCCUGUUUAACAUGUUGAAAUCUGUUUUGCUAACAAAGCUCAGUCUACAUGUGUUCACAUGAUUCACUGCACACUAUCCAUUUAUAUUAAUGGAGCCAUUCUAGAAACUGAAAGAAAAUCUCACGUUAAAAACUGCACUCUCUUGUUAAUGUUUGGACUGCAACCUAAAAUCUAUUUGACUCUAAGAUCCAUUAAUGUGUUCAAUGGGGCCUUUCUAAAAGCCAGUAGUGCCUCACUAAGUGAGACUGUUGUCAUUAAAUGUGUGCUUAUGAAUGAAGCAGCAGAGAAGCACUAAUAACGUGCAAAAAUGCAAGCGGAGGUGAAAACUUUAUAAGCAGUAGGUUGGAAGGCCCAGGACAAAUUAGACCUUUACAAUACGCCGUUGGAGCUUCUUUUGGUGGAGGCAUAAAGAGGUUCCUGAGGUGAAGCAGGACACAACAUCAGCUAAGAAAACAUUUUCUAUAAUAAUAUAUUAUAAACUAUACAUUUUCUUAAGCUUGCAGUUGAAUUUUGAGUAGCCUCUCCAUAAACCUGAGCAAGCCUAGAGAAUUAGUGAAUUUGCUUUCCACUAGCUUUGGUGGCCUAAGAUAACCCCACCCUGACUGGAGAAUUGAACUUACAAAUGUUUUUUCACCUCAGUAAGAAAUACAUUUUUACUGGAUGAUGUGUUAAAGCAGCAAAUGAGGAUAAAUUGUUAUAAA